AUGGGCUGGACCGAUGUUCUCAAGCCGCGACUGAGUGUCAAAUACAUCUUCUGGGCUCUGGUCACAAGUUACUUCUCCAUCUGCAUACUCUUCAGGAUGCCUUUCUUCAGCAGCAAGCUACCGGCAUAUACCGGACCGUACAAGGUCGGCACUAUAGAUAUCGAGGCUCCGGUCGAGAAACGUAAUAUCAGUGAGGCCAGGUUUGCGAAUGGUGGCAAGCCAGCGUUUGAGCUGGAGACCGUGCUGUUCUCGCUCUACUACCCAGCGAACAAGGACGCACGAUCGCAUAGGCCACACCACCACUGGAUAUCAAGACCGGUAGGUCUUCAUGCCGAAGGAUAUGCCAGGUUCGCGCACAUCAAUAACUUCUUCACCAACAAUCUCUUCACUUUCAGUCUGUGGACUUUGGCAGGCAGCACGACCAUCCCUGCAGAGGUAGAUGUACCACUGAAUGGCACGAUCAAAGGAUACCGGAACUACGACAAGGAACACCCUCUCGAUGACUAUGGUCUUCCGCGACAUCCUGUUAUCGUGUUCUCCCACGGCAUGGCAUCGAGCCGAACAAGCUAUACGCAGUACUGUGCCGAGCUCGCCUCACGCGGAUUUGUCGUGGCUGCGAUUGAGCAUAGAGACGGUAGUGGGCCUGGCUCAGUGAUCAUGAGCGAGGGCAAAGUCAAGCAUCGCUUCCACAUCAAUGCUGAUCAAUUGGAUCCCAGCCCCGAGACGGCAGACUUCAAAGUCAUGCAACUUGCUUACCGUCAAGCUGAGAUCGAGGAGACUGUUCGCGUACUGCGACAACUUAACGAAGGUAUUGGCGGGGACUUCUACAGAAGCAAUCCGCGAGAGGAAGGCAAAGACCUUGCCGAGUGGCGAGGACGACUAAUCGUUGACAGCAUGGUCAUCAGCGGCCACUCCUAUGGUGCGACAGGCGCUCUACAAGCGCUCGCAGGCGGGCCCACAUACGAGCGACCUUUCGUGGGCGCCGUGAUCUUAGACCCGGGCAAACAGUCAGGACCUCUAAACGACGACAUCCACGUCCCAAUGAUCAUCAUACACUCCCAAUCCUGGUCUAACUCGUACAGCAUAUUCCAAGGCCGACCACACUUCGACGUGGUAAAGGACAUCGCAGUAAAGAAUCUAGAUGAACAUCACAAAUUUACCUGGUUCAUGACAAGUAUAGGCACGACCCAUCCUUCCGUUACGGACGCACCACUUAUUGAACCGCUAUUACUUUCCUGGACCACAGGUGCCACGAUCGAGGUACGGGAGGGAGUGAAGCAGUAUGUCCUGGCCACGGAAGACUUCAUGCACUUCCUCUCCACAGAGCAGAGGAAGGGCGUACUGAAGGAAGAGACUACUCAUCCACGGUAUGAUGAGGACAUUCGGGAUGAGGAUAGGAAGCAGCACAUGGAUCAGGAAGUGGCGAAAUAUUGGCAGAUCCAUGUUGCACCCACGACAGCGUGCGCCGCGCCUGGGUUGUGUGGUGUAUGGCCUGAUCGAGCUGGACGGCCAGGAUCGUAG